UGUGUGCUGCUUUCCAGUGCCGUAGGAAAUUGCAGGCGUAACCAAGAACGACAUGUAGGAUGGUGAAGUACUACUGAAAUAUUUGAAGGUGAUAGUAAAGCACACGACGAACCACAAAAAUGUUAGAAAAACGUUCCAAGACAUCUGACUUUGUAAAGUGCAUCAAGUGGCGCUCUUUGAGUUCAGCGUGAAAGUUUCCGAGGGGCCUUGAACGCAUCACCCAAGCAGAGGACAAGCAGCCAGUUUCAAGCGCCGCAUCAGACAGGCAUGUUUUUUCAUCAUCGCUUAGUUUUGGGUCAUGGCUAAACAGUACGACUUCUUGUUCCGGCUGCUCAUGCUCGGAGACUCGGGGGUUGGGAAGACUUGCAUGUUGCGCCGGUUCACGGAAAGUGACUUUGACACUACACACAUUUCCACCAUCGGAAUUGAUUUUAAGAUGAAAACACUGGAGGUAGAUGGAACCAAGGUGCGAGUACAGAUAUGGGACACAGCUGGUCAGGAGCGCUAUCAGACCAUCACCAAACAGUACUACAGGAGGGCGCAAGGUGUCAUCUUUGUCUACGACGUCACAGACAAGCUGUCCUUUAAGCACAUAGCCAAGUGGGUCAGUGAUGUGGAUGAAUAUACUACCCAAAAAAUGGAGACCAUAUUGGUAGGAAACAAAUGUGAUGAUUCACUCAGGAGGGAAGUGUCAAAGAACCAAGGAACCAAGUUAGCAGGAUCCUAUGGGAUGGAGUUCUUUGAAACCAGUGCCUCCAAGAAUAUCAACAUCAGUGAGUCAUUCGAACGUCUGACAGAACUCGUGCUACAGGCUCACAAGAGGGACGUGGACAACCUGUUGGGAUCUCUGGACAGCUAUCUGGAUAAGGCAGGUCUGGAGGAAGACAAAGAGAGCACAGUCCCUCACCUUCCUCAGAGGAGCUGCGCCUGUUAGAAACAAGAUGGCCAUCAUGGUGCCACAGCUUAUAGUUGAAGGCGCUCUGACUUGAUUCGGUCCCCCUCUGCCCUCUUUGUGGAUGCUGUGACUUGUUGGCCCAGGGGUUUAAUGAAUGGGUUUCACUUUUUGCAAGUUUUUUUUUUUUUAUCACACUGUGUUAAAUGCAUUUAGAAGCAGCUACCAGCAGAGGGCCAAUUUUGUUCCAUGAUCGCUGAAUCUUAAAGCUGCUGAGGUUCCCGGAGAACACGGUUUUGUGUAAUAAAACUAUCCAUACCCACAAUUUCCUCCUUUAAAAUACAGGUUUGCACCGAGCAGCUGCUUCGUCACUUGUUCUUCAUAUUUUGUUAAUAUAUAUUUUUUUAAAAUUGAAUAAUUUGGUUGGUGCUGUAGAUGAAUUGUGGAUUCAAAUCAACAAUCGUUUAUUUGAGGAGGGCGGAGGAAGAGGAUGGAGGCAAUGACGAAGAAGCCGGAGGACAGAGCUGAAUUUUUUACACCUCGAAAUUCAAACCCAGCAGGGGUGGAGUUAUUUACAUAAUUUACUAUCCUCCUUUGACGGAGACUCUGUCGUGCCAUGUUCGAAGACCUUGAAUGCUUGCUCAUGCAUUAUCAUCACGAAUGUGUGCAUUUGCGUUACAAAUGUGAUUGGCAUUGUGUGCUAAAGGAGUGUUACCGCUCUUUGAAGUAAUGUACUCAGGCUCUGCCAAGUUGCCACUUGUAUGUAAUUUUUUUUAAAUGAUAUGUGCAGGUUGUUACAAAAAAAAAUAACAAAACCACUGUACGGGUUAAUAAAUUAAAGUUUUCAUAUUAAAGCUAA